CUUCACACUCUUCUCACUCUCUCUCAUUUCAACAAAUCGUUCGAUUUGGGGAUUUUAUCAUAUCAUCACUCUGCUAGGGUUUCGUUUUCCUCACAAUCACAAGAUGACCAUCAAGCGUGAUUUGAAAUCUGAAGCUCAACACUCUGCAUCUCCAUCCAUUCAGAAGAAGCCCAAAGCCAACAAUUGCGCUUCUGUCUGUGGAUCCACUGCUGCUGCUGCUGCUGCUGCUGGCGAGGUUCAUUCUAGUUCCGAUCUCAAUUUCAAUGCCAAUGCGAAUUCGAAUUCAGCUUCGACUGGAGAAGCUCCUCUGUUUCCGCGAUCAUCAAGAGGUCGCGUUCAGAAGCCUCCAUCGAAGUUCAAUGAUUCCGUACUGUUCGAUUCACGGAAGAAGAAUAAUAAUGGAGGAAUCAGAAAAUCUGGAUCAGGUAUUGAAGUUGGCAACAGUUCGGGAGAGAUUGGAAAAAAAGGGAAGGAAAUCAAAUGUGAUUUGAAAACAGAGAGUGAUAAUGGAUUUGAUGAAUUUGGCUGUGACAAGAAUGCUGAGUCGUUUAAGAGCAUUAAAACGACGGUUAGUGGGAGUGAAUUGAUGUUGGUUAAAACAGAGAGUGAAAAUGGUUUUGAUGAAAAGGGGAAAAAGGAGGAAGAGGUUUUCGAGCUGGAGGAAUUUGGUUUGGGUGAUGUGGUUUGGGCAAAAUGUGGUAAGAGUAAUAUUGCGUGGCCUGCUGUGGUGAUUGAUCCCAUCUCACAAGCUCCUGAGUCUGUUCUCAGACGAUGUGUUCCUGGUGCAAUUUGUGUUAUGUUUUUUGGUUAUUCGAACGCAAAGCUAAGGGACUAUGCGUGGGUGAAGCAGGGGAUGGUAUUUCCCUUCUUGGAAUUCAUGGAUAGAUUUCAGGGGCAGACCCGAAUAUAUAAGAGCCAACGCAGCGACUUUCACAAGGCAGUGGAGGAAGCGAUUUUGGCAAACAAUGACAUUCUCGACCCACAUUUCCGAGCUCAGCAAAAUGUGGAGGGCGAGGGUUCCUGUGCUGGUCAGGAAUACCACUACCAAGACCAGGAUACAAUAUUUUGUUAUGGCUGUGGUUUGACGUUGCCUUGCAAAACCAUGAAGGAGAUUAAGGAUUCAAGCUGUGCUCCUCAGCAUUAUUGUAAACCUUGUGCAAAGUUACUUAAAUCGAAACAAUACUGUGGCAUUUGCAAAAAGGUUUGGCACCAUUUAGACGCUGGUGAUUGGGUACGCUGCGACGGAUGUAAUGUUUGGGUGCAUGCUGAGUGUGACAAAAUUUCCAGCAAACUUUUCAAGGAUCUGGAAAAUAUAGAAUACCAUUGCCCAGACUGCAAGGGAAAGAUGAAACGUAAUUUAUCAGAAGCACAAACAAAUGAAUCAAAAAUAAAGGACAGAUCAGUAGAGAAAAACCAAAAACCUGUGCUACCUGAAACGCUAGCAGUGGUGUGCAAUCACAUGAAAGGAAUUUACUUUCCAAGGCUUCAUCAAGUUAUGUGCGAGUGUGGCUCGUGUGGGUCAAAGAAGCAUGCAUUGCCUGAAUGGGAACGACAUGUGGGUUGCAGAGCCAAAAAAUGGAGACUUAGUGUGAAAGUAGAAGGCACAAUGCAACCGCUAAUAAAAUGGAUCACGGAAUUCAAUUCCCAAGCUGGAAUUCCCUCGCAGUUAGAUCAGAAACAGGUGCUUUCCUUUUUGCAAGAGAAGUAUGAGCCAGUUUGUGCAAAAUGGACAACAGAGAGAUGUGCGGUAUGCAAAUGGUUUGAAGAUGAAGACGUUAACAAUAUUAUCAUCUGUAACAGGUGCCAAAUUGCAGUCCACCAAGAGUGCUAUGGGGCAAGGCAGGUCCAAGAUUUUAACUCAUGGGUUUGCAGAGUGUGUGAAACUCCUGAUGUAGAAAGAGAGUGUUGUCUCUGUCCAGUUAAAGGUGGUGCACUAAAGCCAACUGAUGUUGAGUUGCUGUGGGUUCAUGUAACAUGCGCUUGGUUUCGGCCUGAAGUUUCUUUCGAAGACGAAAAAGCAAUGGAACCUGCUUCUGGAAUCCUUAAAAUUCCUCCUAAUUCCUUUUUGAAGACUUGCGUGAUUUGUAAACAAAGCCAUGGUUCCUGUACACGUUGUUGCAAGUGUGAGACAUAUUUUCAUGCGAUGUGUGCAUUAAGAAUGGGAUAUAGCAUGACAGUGCGUACUACAGUGAAGAAGGGAACUCAAGUAACAAAGAACUUAAUAUAUUGUGCAGUUCACAGGGUCCCAAAUCCAGAUUCAGGAGUGUUUGUGUAUCCACCCCUAAGGACAAUCUCUCCAAGAACUUCGUUUCAAAAAUGCAAUAGAGAAUCAAAGCUUAUUUCAUCAAAUAGUAUAGAACUCCUUGAACCUCCAUCUUCUGAAAGUAAUGAGGUUGAGUUACUAUCUGCUGCCAGGUGUCGUGUUUACAGAAAGUUUCCUAAUAAGGACUGUGCACCAAUAAUUCACUUGCUUGGGGGGCCAAACAUUCAUUCUUUAAGUGCAAUAACUCAGUUAAACAGCAGCACGGAUGCUGCUGAAACAUUUUCUUCAUUUAAGGAACGCCUUCACCACUUACAGAAAAUGGAAAAUUAUAAAGUUUGCCUUGGAAAAUCAGCUAUCCAAGGGUGGGGCCUCUUUGCUCGUAGAGAUUUGCAAGAAGGGGAGAUGGUUGUUGAGUAUCGUGGUGAGCAAAUAAGGGGUAGUCUUGAGGAUUCGAGGGAAGCAAGACACCGGUUAGAAGGCAAAGAUUGUUAUGUGAGUCUCGUUAAAAUUGUUUGAGAUAUCAGUCUGUAUUUGCCACUUACUGUGUGAUACUUCAUAUUUGGUUUGGAUAGUAGAAAAUGGAACUUCACUAUACGUUAAAUCAAACCAUGUGUGCAUAAUGUUGAAAAAGAUAAUAAUAAUUCAAAUGAUUUGUAAAAUUUAAGGAUUUGAAAAAUAUUACGAGUCUUCAUAGCAUUGUAGAUAGAUCAUUUUUUGUUUCAAUUCCAAACGGGUUUUCACUUUUAUAAGGGCAGAAAUGUAAUCAAUUUGAUUGCAUUUUAAUGUGUUCGAAAUAUAAGAAUUGGUUUCUUAAAUUAUUUUCUCCACUUAAGAUGGUGAAAACUAGAUUUCUUAACUUGGGAAAUUUGGAAUUGGGAUUGGACCAAUUGCAUUGUGCGGAGAAUUGAGGCUUCCUGAAGAUUAAAUCAUUGGACAUUGAGAAAAGGUUAAGGAAUAAUCUGUUUGAUCUGCAUACUGUUUGAUCUGUGAGGAAAAGAAUAAGAAUCUUCCUCAAGCUUCCUCUACAACAAGUCACGGGCUAAUGAAGGAUAUUUGGGAGAGUUCAAGUUUCUA